GCCCUACACACCGGAGUGUAAUUCGGAGAAUCCCCUUCUCUACGCUUUUUUCUCCGACGGCAGCGACGAUGACGAUGACGACGACGGCGAUGAUGCGUACGCGUUUCGUCUUUGUUGUCGAUGCGAGGCGCUUCGCACCUCCUUUACCUUGUUUUCCUUCCCGGCCGUCUCGCUUCCUCACCGCGUUGUUUAUCCCUCCCUCUCGCUCUCCGUCAGUCUCUCGCGUUUACUUCGGUGUUUACCCCCGGCAAAACGGACGAUCGGUUUAGUUGCAUGGCAUGAACGGCGUACAACGCGACGCGGAUCGUACAGUCAUUCUCGGUAGAGAGAGAGAGAGAGAGAGCGAGCGAGAGAAAGAAAGAGAGACCCGACCCUCGUGUGGGAGAGUGCCAGAGCGAGAGGGGCAGACGGUUGGAGAGAGACGGCGGCCGCACGUAGCUCGUAGGGAAAGGCGGUGAGAGGAAGGAGAGCAGUAGCUAGCCGGUGGUGCGUCGUCGUCGUGCGCUUCCUAACCUCUAAAACGGGCUCCUCGCCGACAGCCGAGAAAAGAGAGAGAGACGCGUGAAACGACCGACGCUGUGCUCCAUCUCGACGGGCGCGCGCGUGCGUGUGUGUUUGUGCGUGUAUCCGUUGCCGUUGCCGUCGUCGUCGUCGUCGUCGUCACAGUCGGUUUCCCGGUUUGACGUUUGACUUCGAUUCGUAAACGAGCGUGAAUCCGCCGUAGUCGCCGCCACCGCCGCGCCGUCUCGUCGUGACUCCACAGCAGUGCGUGUCUCUCGCGUGUGCGCGUCCGAAUAACCGCGAGGCGGAAAAAUUUCUGACACAGGCGGAAGAUUUGCGGAGGAGCCUUCCUUCCUCCCUCCCUCCCUCCCUCUCUCUCUCUGUAUUUCUCUCGGAAUUUUACUUUGUACGUUACUCGUGAGUGAGACGUUCGACGGAGGAGUCGAGGGCAGAAGCCACGCCGAGAGAGAGAGAGAGAGAGAAUCGCACGGAUAUACUCCGGAAUUCGCCUGGACAUUCCUUCCAUCGUUGCCGUAACCGCUGGUCGUCGCCACCACCACCGUCGCCGCCGCCGCCACCGCCCGGGAACCUACCGUGGACACGGUAGGUCUAAUAAAGCAAUACACUUGAUCUGUGUUCGAUACACCGACGGAAAAUACGUGUGAAGAAUUUAGACAGUAUGAUGAUGACAAACCUACCCCCUGUUAUGCUGCCACCUAUUACGGACUACGGGAUGUUGACGGGACCUACUCUUGGAAUAAAGGUGAGUGUCCAGGAAUUCCAGUACGCACGCGGGACGGGCGCGUCCCUGACGAUGAGGGGUAGCGACGAGCUUCUAUCGCAAAGCGGGGCAGUCAGCAAUGGUGCUUCAAUGAGUCCGCAACCUCAUCACGCGGCCGACAACAACAAUGACGCCAAGAAGGUUAAGCUCGACAAGAGUCACAGCGGCAAACCUUCCAGGGUCAUUCAUAUCAGGAACAUACCCAACGAGGUGACAGAAGCGGAGAUCAUUCAUCUGGGUCUGCCGUUCGGCCGUGUCACCAAUGUACUUGUUCUCAAGGGCAAGAAUCAGGCGUUUCUCGAAAUGGCGGACGAGAAUGCUGCGGCGACCAUGGUGACCUACUACGCUUCCGGCGUGGCCCAACUCAGAGGCAGAGCGGUCUACGUGCAGUUCAGCAAUCAUCGUGAACUCAAGACGGAUCAAACGCACUCCAACAACGCGGUCAGUAGCCCAACAAAUGAUGUCGCCAACACCUCUGAGAAUUCGAACAACCAGGUCGCGAUCGCCGGGCAAAAUCAGGUAUCCGGUGCCAGCGAGACCCAGGGCGGACCUAACACCGUACUGCGAGUGAUCGUCGAGCACCUACUCUACCCGAUCACACUCGACAUACUCUAUCAGAUUUUCACGCGCUUCGGCAAGGUCCUGAAGAUCGUCACCUUCACAAAGAACAGCUGCUUCCAGGCUCUAAUACAGUACGCGGACGUGCUGUCGGCGCAGACCGCUAAAUUCUCGCUCGACGGACAGAAUGUCUACAACUCCUGCUGCACCCUGCGCAUCGACUACAGCAAGAUGCAAAACCUGAACGUUAAGUACAAUAACGACAAAUCCCGGGAUUACACCAAUCCGAAUCUUCCGACCGGCGAUACCAAUCUGGAUGCCGCAUCGCUCGCCCUCGGCGGCGAAUUGCUGCUUAUGGGUGCCGGUUCCCAACCGCGUGCCAGAAUACCCGUAGAGUCCAUUGCAGGGGCACCGGGUGUGCUGCCCACGCCCUUUGCCAUGCACGGCCUCGCCUCGCCCUUGGCCGGUCCCUACAAUGGCGUGCCGCCGGCCGGCGGACUCGCUGGCCUCGGUGGAUUCCCUCUCGGAGCGGCUGGUCUAGGAGUCCGGGUUCAGGGAAGCGCACAGGCAUCCGCUGUGCUGCUCGUCAGCAAUCUGAACGAGGAGAUGGUCACGCCUGACGCUCUCUUUACCCUGUUUGGCGUUUACGGGGAUGUACAGCGUGUGAAGAUCCUCUACAACAAGAAAGACUCGGCACUAAUACAAAUGGCCGAACCUCAUCAAGCGCUUUUAGCGCUCACCCACAUGGACAAGUUAAGAGUGUUUGGGAAGCAAAUCAAAGUAAUGCUUAGCAAGCACCAAACGGUCCAAUUGCCGAAAGAAGGUCAGCCAGAUGCGGGCCUUACGAAAGAUUAUACCAACAGCACCCUUCACCGAUUCAAGAAACCCGGCUCAAAGAAUUAUCAGAACAUCUAUCCGCCGAGCGCGACUCUGCAUUUAUCAAACAUUCCGGCUACGGUAGCGGAGGAAGAGAUUAAGGAUGCUUUCACCAAGAACGGCUUCACCGUGAAAGCCUUCAAGUUCUUCCCGAAGGACAGGAAGAUGGCUCUCAUACAGAUGCCUAACAUGGACGAUGCCGUGGCUGCGCUGAUCAAAAUGCAUAACUACCAGCUUAGCGAGUCUAACCACCUCAGAGUGUCGUUCUCCAAAAGCAACAUCUAACAAGAAUCGCCACCGCACGAGCAGCAAUGGUACCAGCCGUACGCCCUAGUCCCCCUUUGGUCACCUGCUUCGGUCUAUGACUGAACUGGUCCCACAGUUGGAUCCGCUCAGAUGCUCGUCCGUUCCUGCGAGAGUCGCUACGCUGAUAUAGACCGACUGCAUCGCACGCGUGACCUAUGCAGGACUGCGUCGCGCACUCGGGCUUUGAUACAGCAGCACAAGCGGACUGGAGCUUUUUCGAGCGAGCUUAGGAUGCUUUCGAGGCCUUGCCCUUGUUGUUGGGACGUCUAUACGGCAUUGCACCUAUACCUGCAUCCAGUUAAUUCUUGACUUGAGGGUUGCUAGGGUGUUUCGAGAUGUACCAGGGCUGCAAGCGCUCAAGUUAAACUGUGAAGAAGCAAAUUCGCGACGGCCUUCUCGAAGGUAGUUUCCGGUGCUGGCUUUCAAGCUUAUUAAUGCUACACAUUUAAAUUUUAAAUACAUGUGAGGAAUUUAGAAACAGAUGAUUAUUGGGUGGAAAGAGAGAGAGAGAGAGAAAGAGAAUAAUGCGACACAAUCGAUCAUUCUUAUGAAAGCCAGGACCGUCGCAAUAAGAGAGAAACACAAAGAGAGAAAGUGAGAAAGAGGGAGAGUUAAGCAAUGAGCGAGAGAUAAGAAGCAAUGAAAUGAAAAGCCUAGCAGCCAGGUAUACAUAGAGAAAGCACGCUUAAGGGGACAAAGUGGAUAGAUUAGGAUUAGACGGGAGCGAGGAAGCAGUACAGUGUGUGGCGAAUAGUCCUCGACUCUUGUACAGAGUUAAUGCUAGGGAAGAUAAGAUAUAUUAUUAUACAUGUAAAAUUCAUGAUCGACGCGGCCCGAACCGCUGGCAGUGAUUACGGUUAAGGUUUUUUCAAAGUUACGUGGACACAAGGGCGACCAUCUCGCGAUAAGCGCGCGCGACGGCGUCCGUAUAUCACAGUUCGGUAGGUAGGUCUCCGUCGUCGACGUGUUCGUUCGACGAGCGGCCUUGAGGAGAGAAGAGAGAGCUAAGUGGAGAUCAAUGGACCGCGCAUAUCGUCGUACGUUCACGCACGACGCGGUGGUCGACCACAGCCGUGAAUCAGCAGCGUUUCCCACGAGACAAUCUUUAUUCUUCUGACGACCAAACACACACGCGCGACCGAGCGUACUUCUUCAUGGCUUCCGUUCCGUUCCGAGAGUGAGACAAUACGAUCGACGAGGCCGACCGAUCGAGUACGAUGGGAACGGCGUGUUUUAAUCAACCGGGUAUCUAAGUAAAAAAAAACGGCCAAUGUCACGGGACCUUUUGCAUGCUUUCGAGGUACUACUAUUUCGCCGACGAACCGAUCGCUUUCGUUGAUUUUACGUCGCGGGAUUGGUAGCGGCCGAAAUCGGAGAGUAGAGUUGAUGAAAACGGUGAAUCGGCCUUCAAAAUUCUUCCCGUAUCCGUAUUACCUAUCGCGACUGGUUGAUCCGUUCGUAAGGCGGAAGCGAAGCAAUUAUCAAAGUCGUUGCGUGCUGAGAGCUAUUCUAAUUGGGGUACGCCACUCCAAACGUAUCCGGUGCCGCUCGACCUACGUUUAUGCUUCUUCGUGGAGCGGGUCUCUCGCUCCCGAAGGUACCUGCAGUAUUCUCGACUAUUCGGCGAGGUCGCUUCUUCUUAGAUGAGGGUCGAGCAGUGCCUGAACGCUCCGAUGGCCGAGGCGAGUCCUCCGCUUUGAGGCCCACGCGACGCGUUUGCGCGCGUCAUCGUACGGUCGUCGCAGAUGGCAUUUUUAUAAUUUGUACGUUCAGUUUGGAGAUAAGUAUUAUAUCGCACCCGCACACACACACACACACACAAACACAUACACACACACAUACAUAUACACGCAUCCGUAUCUUUACGAGACCGUAAUUAUACAGUUAUACGUACACACGGACACACAAGCAUAUACACAAUCACGCACACGCCGCGCGCGAAGAUAAAUGUUCGACCGCCCUCUGAUUUAUACAUACACAUAACACAUAGACAAAUACACACGUACAGACGCAUAUAUACAACUGAAUGCGCGCAGAUUUCUUAGUUAGAAUAGAUGCUUAGGCAUGUGUUAGGAUCUUAAUCGUAUAGUAAGCGACUAGAUAAGUAAUUGACUAGGAGAGGAAGGAGUGAAACGUUGAACAUAUCGCUAAUUAAAAGUUUGCAACGUACGGGGCGCGCGCGGAAAGUUUGUAUCUAUUGUGACCGAUCGGUGGGUGACACUUCGGAACAUCUUGAGGAUAAUUUGCGUCGAUGGAUGAUGAUAUCUAUCAGAACAGAGGAGAGAUAUAUCUUGUCUCUCCGUGCUAACAAUAGUUCCAUCGUUUGAUGAGUCUCGAGCUUCCCCAUCGAGAGUUCCUGAUAUCAAAGCAUUCCUUCAGUAGUUGGCAGUUUCCCCGUAAAUAUAAGCGAGUAUUAAAUAUGUGCGGAUUAGUGUUCGAGAAAAUUAAUCAUUGUGCGAUUAGAACUUAUUUGCAACGUUUGGUUCUUGUUGGACAAAGCGUUGUAGAUACAUGAAUACAAGAACAAAGUGCAACAAGAAGCAUAUUCACGGGGGUUUAGUAGAAGCGUGCAAGAUGUACAGAUCGAUCGGGGCAGUUUUCGAGGUAUCCGAUGUGUCCUCGCCGAGAAGCACGAGAUGAAGUUUUGAUUGGACGCCGCGACAUUAAGGAUAAUCGAUCUCGUUUCUCAGGAAUGAGAGAAUCCUUAAAUCCUUGAACGACAAACCAUGCCGCGCGCGCGCCGGCGUAGCCCACGGGUUUCUGUCUAAUCGACGUUCUGUUGGAGUCAAUUAAAUUUUACUGAUAUAACAUAACUGAUCGUAGAAAGAAGUAGGAGGAAGAAUAGGCGCAUGUUGGAAAGAAACUGUUUUGCGAAGGCGUAAUUGAGAGCGAACGAGAGGGAGAGAGAGAAAGGGAGAGAGUAAUUGUGCGAGUGCGAGAGAAAGAAAGUGAAGGCAGAGCGAAAGGAUUGUAUUUGCGGGAAUGUAGGAUUGCACGGCUUCGACAGAUAAACUGUGGUGCAAAGGGGAAUGAAGGACGGGAUAGGAAGAGAAGUUUCUCCAAAUCGUGGAACCGCGCAGAGCGAUCGCAUAAGAGGAAGUGACGAAACUGUGAAAACAAAAAAAAACAAAGCGAAUGCCGGCUCGGGCAUGGUGUGCUGUUUGUGCCAAAGUAGGCUAGCCGUUAAAACUCUAUAGAACGGGAUCUCUUCUGAUGAACAGUACGAAUGGGAUAUUCCUGUUCGAUCGAGCGCGGAUGUCGAUUCCCGGAGGGUUCCCCUCUUCGCAUUGACCGUAACGUUUCGUGGGAUCCCUCCCUGAUCGGCCAUCUUGAACCUCGAUCGAGUACCGACCAAUCAGCUAGUUGUUAGAGACGUAGCGAGUAGCCGGCAUGAGCGAAGGGGCCAGUCUUUGCAUCUAUGAUCUGUGUCUUUCGGACCUCUGAUAACUACGUUAUUUACUUCGACUGCAUUUAUAUAUUCUUAACCGGACACACGUUUUGAACAUUUGGACUGCAACAUCUGUUACACGAGAAACAUUCACAAAACCUACACACACACACAUACACACACACACACACACACACACACACACACACAUAUAUAUAUAUAUAUAGACAGCAGACACAUACCCUUUAAAUAAUGACACAAAAGUACACCUCCGCAACGCCCAUGGAUGUACAUAUAGAUUCUAGCGCAUGAUACCAGCUUUUAUUUGGCCGAUUAAAAGGUUUCUUCUCGAUUUCAGUGGCUCGUUUAGUUCGCCUGUGUAUCGAUCUUGGAAUUAGACACGCUUCUCUUACAUCCUGGUUUUCGUUUGUCUUAUUCGAAUUGUUUUUCGGUACGGUACCUUUAAAGCGUCUUGUACGGCCCGCGCACUUACGUUUACACGUUCGUAUCUUCGAUUCUUAUCGCAUAUCGCGGAACAUAGUGUGAGAGUGCCACAAGGUGGGGGAGAAAAAAGAGGGAGAGAGACUGUGCGGGAGCUUCCGUACAAUUCUUACUUCCGGCACGAAAUAUCGUCUAAGCGUACCUGAACAGCUCGUACAGGGAGUGUUACUCGAUUUCCCGAGCUAUAUAUAAAUAUAUAUAUUUCGAUUUAUACAUAAGUAUAUAUACACUUACACCUACACACACACACACACACACACACACACAUAUGUGUAUCUUUCGCGAAUUGCAACGUCGAGCACCCACCACUCACCCGCGAGGUUGCUAAUUACAUUUUGUCAUUUGCCGGCUGUUUCUUAGCACAUUCCUGUCGACGCGCACGGCACGCGUCCGCACAUACCUAUCCAUACGGAACACAUAACACAUACGUGAUGAAGUGCACCCAGCAUUUCGUUCCUUUCUUUAUUUUCUCUCUCUCUCUUUCUCUCUCUCUUUCUCUUUCUCUCUCUCCCUCUCUCUCUCUCUCUCUCUCGUUUUUGAAAUCUCAUAUUGUAGUAAACUCAAUGUAAACCCGAAUGUUCUUUUUUUUCUUUAUCUUUUGCUAUUUACACCAUGACGCUAAUGGUGACAAUCAUCUCUUCUGCUCGCUGGAGAAGAAAUUCAACGCGAGGCUCCUUCCGAGCGUCACACCGUCAAAAUAUAACUCUUUUCGCGAACGGCGCGAGCCGUUCUCUUUCCAUGAUAGACUAUUAUCAGAUUUAUAGAAACGUUAUACCGGAAACGGGGCAGCUAUAUGCGGAGCUAUAGAUAUCUACAGGGUGCCCGACGUUUUAAAUCGCGAUUGUUUAUUCGGUUCAUUCUGUCGUCAUACAACACACAGUUUAGAUCGGCCUUCCUCCUUUCCGCUCGGACGGUUCUUGCGCGAUAGGCAAAAAACGAAAAGAAGAAAAAAUGAAUAAAGAUGAGGAGGCACCCUGUAGACGGAUAGAUUGACUAUAUCACUAGCUGGGUUGAGGGGGGCCGAGGUGAGGGUUGGAGUAGCCAGCACUCGCUACAUGGUGUCGUAGAUUAUUCAGACUCCGAAAUUUUCCCAGACUCGCGCGAGGGGUUCGGCCGGUGGUUCAACGAGGAUUCACUUUCAUACUACUCUUGCCAUUAACGUAGACAUUACGCUUUCAUGCGGAUAAUAAUCAAAGAAGCAGAGAUUUUUCCAUCGAGUGAAAAUAGAGCGAGCGUUGACGGUUUCACUAUCCUGACGUGAGUGCACACGCGUGCGUGUCUAUUUCUUGUCGGGAGCAAGAGAUCUUGCGUAUCGUGCUCGGUUCAUUGACCCCGGUCGAGGGAGAGUCGCGAGGCACAAAGAGGAGAUUGGCGACGUCGGUGAGACGUCGCAUACGGACCAAGGAAAUUCGGGGUCUGGUAGAGAGCCACGUUAGUAGACGAAGCUUAGCCUACACACAGAGGGUAUACACUGAACUGUACAUGUACUCGAGCAUACAAAAGCAGAGACACUACACACUUCAGACGCGAGUCGCGCACUAACAGACGGACACUGACAUACAUACAUUCACACGGACUUGUAUCUAUUAUAUAUUUGAUAUAUCGCAUGUAACAGGUGUGUCCAAAAUGCGCAACGGCUGCAUCCCGAUAAUCUAUAUUUUAUUAAUAAGGGAUAAGUCUAUAUAUAUAUAUAUAUAUAUAUAUAUAUACAUAUACAUAUAUAUAAAUAUAGGAUUACUAACGUGUUACGGAUUAUCACAUAAAUUAGAGAAAAGAUUAAUCUAUAUAUAAAUUAUAUAUAUAAAUAUAUAUUAUAUAAUUCGCGGCGGAAUUCAAGAACAUAGAAAACGGCAAGGACGGAGGAGAACACGUGAAUACACGCACAUACAUACACACGUACAUACGAUAUGCAACGUUAACGUGAUCGGAUAAGAGGCGCGAGGCGUAUAAAAAAUAUGUGUAUAUGAGGAACUUCAAAUGACUAUAUCUGUGCUAUCUUAGAUAUAUCGUUGAGGGAAUUAUCGGAAUAUGGUCUGCGCUUGCCUAACCGGGGCCUUAAGCGUCGUUCAUACCGAGAAAGGGACAGAUCUAAAAAGACACGCACGCCGUCGGCGCCUCGGGCCGGCGGUGAUCUCCAUUUUCUUGCGUCAAAUUUUUUUCCCGUGUGUUAGAGUUAGGACGCAAUUGCGAAUUAUCGACAGUCUGUUGCGACUCGCGAGUGACUCCUUUUAGCAUUGAGAGAUUCGAAUGUUACACGGUAACGGGCGGCCAGCAGCAAGAGACUACCUUGACAUACAACACGAUACAGAACACGUACAUUCUCUCACGCAUGCACACACAAAGAGACAUAGCUCGAAAAAAAUUAAAAUAAGUAAAAAUUAGUUUACCGCGAGAGGGGAGAAGCAUUUAAAAGACACACAGGGUCUCCAAAGUGCGGACGGUCUUCGGGAUAAAGCGUCGACGAAGCAGAUCGUAAUCGACGGGCAUUUUACACGGAGGAUCGAGGUGACGAUCGGUUUUAGCGCCAGUAUGCUGUAACGUGUAAUUUAACACAAUCCAUAAAGCCUUCGCGUGCCAAAGGAAGAAAUUUGUAAAGAUUAUAUUUUACUUUUGUCUCGAAACACACCACCUUCUUUGCUUCAUCUUCUUUGCUUAAACGUUAAACAUUCGAUUCGAUUCCUUCAGAGCGUUUGCGCUUACCACGUCGAUUGUUAUCCCGAUCCUUCGGACGCGCGGAUGAGCGAAGAGAAUCCAUACACGAAGUUUUCGCCUGCGCGCAUGUAAUGUCUUGACGUACACAGAUCGUUGAAACACGCGGACUAUUCGUUUGAUGUGCCUGUUGACUGAGUGAUUCCGCAAUUUUCUUGCCUGCUUUUACACGAGGGUUUCACGCCAGAUUAGAUCUCGAGGAUGAGGGCGUGACGGAGAGAUGAGACGGUGGGACCUCGGACGAACGAUCAAUCUAACUUGUCAAUCAUUUGCAACCGUUGUUUGCGCGGAAGAAAGCAUAGUUCGACCACGAUCCUUGCGUCUCGAGCUCUCGAGUGGAUUUCCUUUAAGGGGGAAUAGCGAAGAGAGAGAGGCUUCGAUGAUGGAGCCGCUAUUUCGAGUAGUAUCGAGACUAUCGCUAUCGCUAUUGCCAUGCCGAUAUAACCGGGUAUACCGUAAGAGAAGAGGACGAACGUAGAGAUAAACAAUACUAUUCGACGGAGCCUAAUUUUCGAAAUGAUAAAGAGAGAGAAGUAGCGAGACGGAGAGAUCGUUUAGAACCUCUCGUGACGAAACGACACCUUCGUAUAGUUGGAAAUGUAGGGUAUCCGUUUGUUUCCUCUCGAUUAGUGCGCGUACAAAGGACAGCUGAAGAAAAAAAAAACCACUGUACGUUUUAAGUCAGCGAGAGUUGUAGAAAUUAACUAAACAGUAGUCGUUAAGAAGCGUUGCUUAAGAGGGAAGAGAGGAGGAGGGAGAAAGGCGCGAUCUCCUGUAACGAGGAGUGUUUAGCGAAGUAAAAAAAAAAAAAGAAUCGUUAAGUGUAGCGUCUUAGAGUCGUGUAGUAGCUCCUUUCUAAUUAAGCCUCCAGACUUAAGUAAUGUGUAUAGUUAAAUGACAAUCACUCGACUCUCUGUAUCGACAAUUGACGAAGGGAAUCUCGGAAAAGCCGUGAUAAGCUGCCUACGCACCGAACCCCCUUUCUUCGUGUUUCCUUCUUUUUCUCGGUCCCCCAUUCUUAUCCCCCUAUUCCUGUAACAAGGCUUUCCCAUGCUCCGAUCGUGGACUUUCUUUCUUCGAGAGACUUUCACCGAGCUGGCAGACAACUCUGCGCGAACUCGCGAGCAACACAGAAUUGUAAAUAAAUUUAAAAAAAGGUACACUGAAAAAAAACUUGGUUAUGAUAAUCCCACAUUGGUUAAAAUUAUCCAAAUCUUAGUGAAAUAGUUUAGUUUCAACUAAACGUAAGAUAAUUAUAGCAAAAAAUGUAAUUAUAACAAAAUGUUUAUUAUUGUUAUCAAACGUUUUGUUAAUAUCAUAAUUUUGUUAUUACUAUAUUUGUUUAUAACAACCAAAUAUUUUAACAAUAUCAUUAUUAACUGUAUUACACAGGUUUACCAAGGAUUUUUUUCAGUGUCUAAACGUAAAAAGAUUCAUUGAUUCAUCUCUGGCUCGCAUCGUUAUCGCGACUUAUUCAUUCGAAAGUGACUAGAUUUGUAACUAGAUCAAUGUUUCUCUCGCAAGACAAUUAUAAUUGUUGGAAGGACAGUUUUAUGUCUUCGAAAUAUUUCGAAAAUAUGUCCUUAACGGAUUGCCUUUUAAUUAUAUUUUAGCUACACUGUUGAGUCUCUUAUUAGUUGCAUUAAUGAGAAAUCUCAUAAAAACUGUUCGAUAUACGGAUGAAUAUUUAAAAAGAAAGGAAUAUUUUGUUCGAUAAAUUUAUAGAGCUUAGAAUAACAUCUUCGAUGUUUCUCAUCCUUUUCAACGUUCGGGAAAAUUUCGUGAAAAAAUCUCAGGUUGUACAUAUACUGAACUUCUUCUACAUCGCCUCCAAGCCUUUCCGAGCAAUUCUUGCCAGCUAUUUUUCGCCUGUUCGCAAAAACUUCCAAGCCUAUCGUGACAAGCCUAUCGUCAGCUCCGCCUUUUAGCUCUCGAAACUUUCCAAAUUCCGUGCCCAGGAAGAUCCUUGGUUUUCUGUAUACCUUUCUUCUUUCCCUCGUCUCACAGUUGCCGUUCGCCGAUCCGAUCGACAGCUGAUGACAGUCCCGCGUGUUGCUCUCAUUAAAAGACAAACAAAAGAUCUUUCCUUUCUUGAAAAAUAUGUCUAUUCUUCUCUGCUAUCGCGGAAACAACAUUCGCGACAUGCGAGCACGAUUGAUAAAAUCUGGAAUCGUGCAAAAUUGCGUCAUCAGAGGCUCGAUCGUCGGCGAGAUGCGCUCUAAAAACUUUGGUAAACCUUAAAGAGAUAUAUAUGUGAGAGAGAAAACCAAUCAUGGGCCAGGAAUUGCGUUGCAAGUCACAAUCAGCUCGUCUCCGGCAAAGCAGACAAUUUUCUUUCGACGAGAACCAUUGUCAGAGCGGGCGUUUUAACGGUUAAGCUCUUUCUUAGUAAGUUCGAUUAUAUAGGGAUUAGUCUAUUGGUAGGAAAGCGGAGAUCGCGAGUGAUAUGUUUUUUUUUUUUUCUUUUUCGUUCGUUGCGCCCUGCACCGCGGUGCGAAUCGCGAUGAAAGCGCACGGCAGAAGAAAGGACGAAAGUAAGAGAAACAAAAAAAAAAUUCAAGGAACAGUUGUAAACGUGGAGAAAAGAGAAGUAAAAGGGAGGAGAGACUUUCGGAUCGUCGGAACGAUCGGCGAGAUGAUCUUGUUGGCCAGCAUUUACGCGAGACGCGGGCAACGCAUCCACACGUUCGCAUUUAUCACACACACAAACACACACACACACACACAACAUGCAUGGCAUAUACAUAUAAAUAUAUAUAUAAAUAUAUCAUUAAACACGAGAAUGUAUACUUUUUGACACGCGUGAAACACAUACGAUUGACGAUCUUCCACGUGCCUUUUUUUUGGCGCGACACGCUCACACGGAAACCAAACACAAAUGUACAGUGUACGCCGACGCGAUAUUAACAUUAUAUCGCCCACGACCUUUUUAUAGCUCGACUCUUGGACCUCAGCCCCCCCUUUUACGAAAGUAUUUUUCUCGAUUUUUCUCCGUCUCGACAGAUCUGGAGGCGCUUUUACCGUUCGGCUCUCUCCCCGAGAGAGAUCGAUCGUCAUUGGCGCGUCGUUUUAUUCCAUUGGCUGUAUAUAUUUCAAGUAUUUGUAUUGAAAAUUUUCUUCUAUUUUCUUACCUUAAUUUCAUCCUUUAACGUAUCCGCUUGCGAAUGAGAGAUCCGUUUUUCUUUCGAAUUCUUUGUAAUUUCUUGGCGCGAUUCGCAAAUCGCGCGCAUAAUUUGUUUCAUUAGCGAAACACGGUGCAUUAGACGAACGUAACUUUUAUGUAAAUUAGAGAUAACGUUUCACGAAUCUCACGCGCGAAGAAAAAAAAAUAGUUCCUUUACGUUUUAUGCAUAUGCCCGUUCGUGAAAUUACCUCAGGAAAUAUUUAAGGAAAUGUGUACAUAUCACACACAUAAGUGCGAGAAGUUCGAUUGCAUGAUAUCUUCCAGGUCUGUCCGCGUUUUAGCGUCUUACGAGUAUUCCCGUUCCACCACUUUGACAUUAUCGGUAUUAUCAUCGUUCACUACUUCUUCCCGCUGAAGCUAUCGUAUUUUUUUUUGCGUUUUACCCUUGCGCUUCUUACCUUUUACUUUUAAUUAAUCUUAUUUUUAUACUUUUUAAUUGUCGCCGGUUGCUAUUACCGCCAUUGCGAUCCUUACUAUUAUUAGCGCUAAUUAAUAUUAAUUAUCUACUCUUAUUAUAAUUAUCUUAUUCUUAUGUUUAAUAAAUUCUCCUUCUUUUUUUUUAUCUUAGCAUUAACGACGCGCUUGAUUUACGUGCCGAGAGAGAGAGAGAAAGAGAGAGACCGCUCUUCUCGCUAAAAAAAAAAACGCACUUGGGCUGCGUUUGGAAUGCGCACUAUCAGCGCUGUUGCGUUAUUCUAUUUUUAUCGGUCGUUAGACAAGGAUAAAAUAACACAAUAGCGCUAAUAGCGUGCUCGACGAAUGCAGUCUUAGUUCUGAAUACACUCCUAUCGUCUUAAUUUUAGUUUUUUUUCUCCGAACUAUCGCUCUUUGAUAAUAAAUACUGCUAUUCACUGUUGUACUCUUACUGUCACUAUUUACUCUUUCAUCAUUACUACUAUUCUACUCUAUUACUCUACUACUAUUGCUAUUCUCAUCAUUAUUCGUCUUUUUACUCACAUCACUGUCACUCUUACUCUUCCACUUCAACUUUUCUCCUUCUGUCAGAAAUUCAUAACAAUUCGCAUUGCUGCCGUUAAUUGUGACGACUGUGGUACUUGCAUUGUUUAAGAAAAAAAGGGGAACGGACUUAUCUUUUUACGAUGUAUGAAUUUUCAUGGCAGUGCGAAUCGUUAUCAUUCUCUACGUUUAACAUCUAUCUCAUAACUAUAGCUAUUUCUUCUGUCUCUCUACUUUUCUCUCUCUUCAUCAUCUGUAUUACUUCUCUCUAUCUCUCUUAAUCUUUCUCACAUACUCUCUCUCUCUAUACAUAUAUUAUUAUUAUAUAUACAUGAUAAAUCGUAUGUGCUUUAUACUGUACUUCUAUUCUUAUCAUUACUAUAUUACUCUACUAUUGUAUUAUUCUACUAUACUAUGAGUGCUACUGUUGCCGCUCCGACCAAUGUUUGCUCUUACUGUAACCGUCAAUGCGUUUACGACUCGUAAAUAACUGUAUGUCCUUGUGCCUGUAUUUUUAUGUUAUGCCAUUUUUAAACAACGACUUUUAAUUCGAAAUUUCCAUUUAUCCUCUUUCCCUUUUCCUUCCCUAUAUCUACUUGAUGUUGCGAAUCUAUAUCAUUUUUUUUUUCUUUGUCACACCCUCCCGAUACGUUUAUUUCUUCCACUGAUCUAUCCCCGCCCUUCCUCUGAUAUCACCGAGUGUCGAAGCGAGAAUAAAAAGACUUCGCGAGCGAGCGGGACGAAAGUACAUAUACAUAUAAUUAAUCUUCGAUUUGUCAAGAAAACGAUUGAAACAAGAAAAAAAUAAACCUACCCUUUUUGUGUUUUUUUCUGUAUGUCUCCGGCCGCCUAAUCACCUUUCUCCCUAAAUCAGCUUCCAUUUUGCGCGACCCUCAGGAGCGACAUAAAAGAGCUUUGUGCGAUCUUAUUUAUUUUAAACAGAAUUUCGAAUUAUUUUUCAUUCUUGAAAGGGUAAAUGUAUAUAUCAUACAAUAUAUAUAGACACGGAUAGAUCCCUUAUGUCGCUCCUUACGCGCGGUCCUCGAACUUUUCUUUCAUAAUCUGCUUUAUUUUAUCUUGUUUUUUUUUUUUACUUCUGCCCCCUUUUUUUUAUAAAGAGGAGCCGCGUCGAUGUGGAUCAAACAGAGCAAAUUGCACACGCAACGAUCGUGAUCCACGCACACGCGCGGCCCUUACGGUCUAUACAGGAAGAAAGGGUGACCGAACUUGGUGUUUCGUAUCCUUCAAUGCGUCUGGAAACUCUGCAUUUCUUGUCAAAAAAAAAUACGAGAGAAGCGCAUAAUUGAUAAUUGAUUAAUCACAAGUGUUCGAUCUCUUGACAGUUUUGCGAUCUUACAUCGAAAUGGAGGUGUAAAAGAAAUUUUUAUAUCACUGUUCUGUAGAUUAUUUUACGAAGAUUGGACACGUCGAAAUCGCGCGCGUCACUUAUCGACUUCUUUUUCAAUGAUUAAAAAUUCUAGUAAGAAUACAAUUUUUAUUGAUUAUGCGGUUCUAUUCAAAAAGAUGCCUAAUGCCGUUGCAUUAGAACAGGCAAGAGAUCCUCGAUGCGUUCAAAGAUACGAGAAACGGAGUUCCGCCGUUCGGAAGUGAGGGAGGAGGAUUUUCUUGCGCACAAGCUCGCCCAAAACAAUCAUUAGGAAUUGUGCCUAGAUGUUUAAAACACUGUAUUCUAUGGGAUCAACGUCAUUACCUUUUUAGAAUCGUGAAAGAGUGCGCGAAGCGAAGGGAGGAGAGAGAAAGAGAGAGAGAGAGAGGGAGAGAAUGGGACAAGAAGUGAUGGCAAGAGGCGUCUAAUGUGGUAUUAGAGAGAGGAGAAGAGAGAAUAUGGAUCGAGUCGCGAUCCACAGUGUAAUUUAUAUAUGCGUUGGCAAUGGUCUCCGUCGCGAUGUCGAUUUAUCGAGUCGAGAUUGCGUGCACGAUCGGAAGCCGUGCGAUUAUUUUGCUCCGGUGGCACUGAAUUUUUGCCAACAGGUGUAUAUAAUAUAUACACAUACACACUUCCGAUAUAUACGUCAGAGAUCACUCUCGACGUCCAUCCAUAUCCUUCGGAACGAGCCCCGAUAUUCACGUCGGAGCGAAUCGGAGCUCCUUAUACUUAACAUGAAAAUCGAAGAGAUUAUUAUAUUUCUAAUUAACAAUAUCAACGAUUAUUAAUUAGAAUAAUGGCCUGAACGACGAGGAGUCGUCAUCGGACGAAUCGAAUGAACGUUAAAAUUUCUGCUCGACGAGCAAAGGGGGGAAGGGGGGGGGGGGUUGCUCUCAACGCGUUGUUGGAAAAUACUUGAUGUAAAUACUUGUAUUUUUAUUGAACAAGAUGCAUAUAUCUCGUUGGAAGAAGGGGGAGACUAUAUAUAUUUUGCGUAAAAGUAUGUCGGAGCACACUUGGGGAAGCCGCACACGAGCUAUCGAAUGGACGUCGCGUUUAUCUCUGACGAGCUUGACCACUACCGUACUAACGUUUUGUAUUGUCGACAAUGCUGCAUAACUAAGUCUAGUGGCACUCUAUAUAAUUUCGUAUUCCAUAUAUCAUGUUCUACUUGUACCUCUAGCGUUCCGUAUAUCUAUGUAGCUCUACAUCUGUCUGUAUACUAUAUAUAUACAUGCUAUAUAUAUACACACUCUUAUCUCAAUGUAUAUAUAUGUACUAUACCCUACAUAUCCUUUUCUACCUUCUAAUACUCACGAGCCAUUAAUGUAUUCUGUUUUUUUUUCCCUUCCCUCUACGUAGCUUAUUGCGAGGGAGGUAACCUCAUCGCUGUGAUACUUGCAAUCCGCGAAUCUCAACUCUGCAGCAAUAAUAUCUGUACUAAUACUAAUAUUAGAAUUUCAACUUUCUUAAAAUUGUUUGAUGAGCCUCCUAAUUUUUUUUCUCUCUAUUUAGUCGACAGAUACUUCUUUUCCUCAGGAUUUCAUGGUUCGAUUGCAAUUAAUUACAGGGGGACUUAAUUUUUAUUUAAUUUUUCAGAUUUCUGUUUCAGUUUCUCUUUUCUCCUCGAUGACUUUUCUUCCAGCCCGACCUGAUCGCCGAACUAUCGCUAUGCUACUGCCUGUCGUCGUCUUCCCCUUCGCCAUCUACUUCGAACGGCCUACUAUUACUACUACUACUAGCACUAUUACUACUGCUCUCUCUACUACUUACUAUAUAAUUCUACUAUUAUCACUGUUACUGGAAACUCUGAUCUUUUCGGCACGUGGAUACUCGCUGAGACAUUACUAUGUCGUUAUUGACUCGAUAACAAUGUCGCUACGCGUUGAGAAAUACGAUCAGAUUGCUUUAAUUAAAAAUAAUCGGUAACGUAACUUCUGUAGCAGUUCGAUAUUUUAUUAGAUCAAAUAUAUAUUUUUUUUUAUAGUCCUGGGAAAUAUCUGUGAAUCUCUAAAUAUCGGCGCAAGAUGGCAGGUAAUACAAAGCAACGUAGCAACGUCGAGUCAAGAACGACAUGUGACCGGUGUCGCUAUAAUUUCCGAUCUUCGAAAUCUUUCUCCUGCAUGAUGCUGUUCUCUGUGCAUCAUUGUGUGCUACACGAGACACACGUUCGCAGACACACCACGAUACCCUCACGAGCAGCAAGAUACACCUAAAAUGCAUCUCACGUGUACGUUUUCGAAGUCCGGCGUAACACCUUUGGUCACCAAUUAAAUCAUCCUGAUUCACGAUGUCCAUAAGUGAUAUGAAACUUGUCGAUUUUGUUGGGACGAAGUGGCGAUCGGUCUAAUUGUCGAAUUAAUCGUCUGCCAGAAAAUCGUCGUAUGUGUGGUAACGCGCGUGAAGCCGGCGCGAAGGCUUCGUGUAACUAGGUAGACAAAUGGAUAUUCAGAUUAUGCGCUUUAUCGGGGGGGGGGGGGGAGCUAACAUGUUUGCGCUGUGGAAGACAAACUCGGGAUGCUUCGAUCGCCGGGAAACUUACGACAAGGCCGGGCGUCUUCCAAGCAUCGUAGUUGGCAUUCGUAUUAAGAGUAACAUGCUGAUAAAAUGUAGACCGGUACAUACAAUUUAGAUAAAUUACUUUAUAAUUAACGAAGUAAAAUAGUUAUAGCGCGAUCGCGCGAAGUAAACGUGUAUGUCUAUAAAGUCCCCAAAUAUCUCUCAGCGUUCCCGAGAUUAAUAGAAAAGGAGAACAAUGAUGGACGCUGAUGAUUAGUCAAUCAAAAACUAACGUAGAUGUAGGUAAGCUAGUAUUUUUUUUUUUUUUUGUUCGAUAAGAAAAUCGGAGGUCACGUUCUUUCGAGGGAAGCGAUGCGUCUCGAGUUCAAUCUCGUCCGAUUGCAGCGCGCGCGUAUCGAUAAAUUUAUUUCUGAAUUAAAAAUAAAUAUAUUUAAGUCUAGGAAAGAAGAUUACAUCGUGACACACACACACAGAAUUUUUACUACCUUUUAUUUUGAUACUUUACAACGUAAAUAUGCAUAAAUAAAAUCGCAAAGAAAGUUAAACGUGUUAUGAAAACAAAGUAAUAAUGUAUGCACAUUUCUUUAUUUACUUUAUUUAUUUUGUUCAUAUCAGUGGAGCAUAACUUUUUAUGAAACUAAUAAUUGACGAUUUAUGAAUAUCAUAUAUAAACUCUGACUGUGAUAAAUUGGACCUGCAAAACGAAAAAAUAAUUGCAAAUUUUAUUCCUGAAAGAAUAUUGUAUGUUGAAUUUAGCGAUACGCUGCAAAUAAUUUUGCACGAUAAAGAUGAGAAAUUUAGCAAAAUAUUUUUUCUUUUCUCUAUAGAUUACGGAGAAUCUGUAGAAGUACUCUUAUAACGAAUCGUUUAUUAAAACGAUGAUAACAACUUACAAUUAGUAUUUUUUUCAUGUUUUAAAUCAAUACUAUUAAUUUGUUUUAAAAAUCCAUUUAUAAUUCUUUACAAACAGCUUUAUAGAUUAAUCUAGAAAUUGAAUUUACAUUUAGCGUAGCAUUAUUGAUAAUUGUGAAAAUUUGAUAUUAAUUAUUUUAUUAAAUUAAAUUGCGUUUACAAAUAAUUAAUGUGACUGUACAAUGGUAUAAUUGCAUUUAUUGAACUAGUUAAUAUUUGUGUCGCGUUUUUAAUAACUGUCUCCAUUCCUCUAACAUUUUCCAUAUUCUCUUUCUAUCAGAGAAUAUUACUAUCAGUAUUAAUUAGGAAUUUACUGCGAACACAUAAAUCAGUAUUUAAAAAAAAUACUUUAUCCUAUUUGCAGCAUGUAAUAACAAUUUUUCUCGAGAAUCAAACGCAACGAGAACGACAAAAAGUACUUCCAAUAGUAUUUUAUUAAAUAUCAUGUAAAAAAUAGUGAUGCGAGAUGUAACAUUUAAUUAUUGCCGUUAUCUGUUGUAUUGUCGAUAUCGUCUCUCUAAAAUCGAUCUAAUGUCUUUUUGUCUCUAUUCAAUUUUUUCAAGUCCUUGCGGCCAUUCUUUUCGUACGUCAAGCUUGUAGCGCUGGCAAAAAAACGAACAUAAAUUUUUCCUUCAAUGCAUAACGAUCCACCUUCUAUUUUUUUUGUUUAAGAGAGAAUGUACUGCGCGAAUGACGCAUUUUUGCGAAAAUUUGGAGAGAACAUUUGGCGUGAAGAUUAAGGAGAGUACAGGAUAGAGAGAGAGAGAGAGAGAGAGAGAGAGAGAGAGAGAGAGAGAGAGAGAGAAAGCUUUUUAAUGUCUGGUUACAAGUUCUUUUUAGAAACGAGUACGAAGUCAAUUGUUCAUAAUUAACGCGUGCGUGGGAAAAAAAUUACGUGCACACUUCGAUCAUAGUCAAUCGAAAUCAUCGAUACAUGAUUAUAUGUCAGGACGAGAUAACGCGAGCUAAUUUAGACUCACGUAUUGCGAAAACCUGAGUAUUCACACACGUAUAUACACGUGCAAAAGAAGAAACCGAUGCGUACAGGCCAUACUCGUACAUAGUACAUAUUUAUGCGAAGAAGAGAGAAAAAAAAUUAAAGUAAUAGCGAACUAUAUAUAGAGAGAGCACUAAGUAAUAAAUUUUAUCGUGUCGCCAGGUAAGUCGACAAGUAGUUUUCGUGAGGCGUAGCGUGAGGGAGAGGCUCAGUGAUAUAUAAAAAAAAAAGAGCGAAAAAACUUAUAGAUGUUUCGACGGGUCACGUCGUCGCAUACGCCAUCCGGAGGGUCGCAAGACUACUCUCGAAACCAAGCGGAUCAAACAAUCAAAUCGUCACGUUUUUACAAAAUCCAAACAUUUUCGUGGAUAUUUAAAGUAUACCGCCCACACACGAAAUUAAAAGACCGUGAUCGAGAUCGUGGCGAACGUGGCGCAUCCGAUUCUGAAGGCAUUAGCGAGGGAUGAAACCUGCGCGCGCACAGUAGAAAACAUUUUGUAUUUACGUUAAAAACGGUCUUUGUUAAAAUUUUGUGUUGAAUUUUUUACGUACCAAAGUGUUGAUUUAACAUAAUGUGAUUAUAUUAUUCAAAUAUGUUAUGUUAAAGUAAUAUUUCUUUGUGUCAAAAUGCAAUUUAUGGAUAAAUGAACAAACAAGAAAAAUAAUGUAGUUUUGAAACGUUGAUUUUAAGAUAAAUGAAUAAAAUAUACAUGUCAA